UAGCAUAAGAGCACACAUAUCAUAUGCAUAUGAUGCAUAGAUAGAUAUAUAUAGAUGUAAUAACACAGAAAGUCAAGCGUAGUUGGUGACAUAAAUAGAGAUAGGAGAAGGGAGAAGCCGUGGAGAAAAUGGCUGGAAAAUGGACAAUGUUAAUGGUGAUGGCGGUCGCGAUUAUUAUUGGGGAGAUGAUCGGAAGAGGAGAAGGGCAGCUCGUAGAGAAUUUCUAUGGGAAUAGGUGUCCCAACUUAGAGGCCAUAGUGAGGCAGGCCGUCUCCGCCAAGGCCGCCCAGAACAUCCCCACCGUCCCCGCCACCCUCCGCCUCUUCUUCCACGACUGCUUCGUCGAGGGUUGCGAUGCAUCCGUAAUGAUACAAUCAUCCAAUGGAGCCGCUGAGAAGGAUGCUCCGGACAAUCUCUCCCUUGCGGGAGACGGGUUUGACACCGUCAUUAGGGCCAAGCAGGCGGUCGAAGCCCAGUGCCCCGGUGUCGUCUCGUGUGCUGAUAUCUUGGCCCUAGCCGCGCGAGAUGUAGUCGUUAUCGCUGGAGGCCCAUCAUUUAGCGUGGAACUGGGCCGGAGGGACGGCCUUGUCUCCCAAGCAUCUCGGGUUGCCGGGAAACUGCCGGAACCGAAUUUCAAUUUGAAGCAGCUCACUGACAUGUUCGCCGAGCACAACCUGAACCAGAUGGACAUGAUCGCGCUGUCGGGCGGGCACACGGUUGGGUUCUCCCACUGCAGCCGCUUCGCAAACCGCCUCUACAAUUUCUCAUCGUCCUCACGGGUGGACCCUUCCCUCGAUUCCAACUACGCCCGGCAGCUGAUGCAGGCAUGCCCCCAGAACGUGGACCCCUCAAUAGCAAUCAACAUGGACCCCAACACGCCCCGAACCUUUGACAACGUUUACUACCAGAAUCUUGUACAGGGCAAGGGCCUGUUCACAUCAGAUGAGGUCUUGUUCAGUAACUCGGCGUCCAAAGACACCGUCACUGACUUCGCCAAUACUCCGGGCAACUUCAAUGCAGCAUUCAUCACAGCCAUGAGGAAGCUUGGGAGGGUCGGUGCCAAGACUGGCAGUCAGGGAGAGAUACGAAGAGACUGCACAGCAUUCAACUCCUGAAGAUUCGGAUCAUCUGCAAGAGUCUUACUGUCAUUUGUAUAUGGGUUAAUAUUUGGUAUAGGUAAAGUAUUUCAUUGAGAUUGGUCUGUGGUGACGGACCUGAAGGUGGCAUUGCAAUCACAGCGCAACGGUGUAAAAUAAGGUAGGAGCUUUACAAAUUGCUCAAUGAAGACUUCAAUUCGAAUAAUAAUGCAUAAAGACGAAA